UUGUACACACUUCCUGCUCAGGGCUGGGCAGCCACACUAGACGCAGGCUGGGGACACAGGAGGGCCCCAGGCCCAGAAAGGGCCCAGGGCAAGACGAUGGCCAGUGAGGGCACCGACCUCAGCACCAGGAUGUCCACAGAAGACCAGGGCAUAGACGACAGUUUUAUCUACGAUAUUAUAUUCAAGCACUUCAAAAGAAAUAAGGUGGAGAUUUCAAGAGCAAUAACAAAGGAAUUUCCUUUCCUUCAGAUUCUUCGUGACCGUGAACUCAUCACCAAUAAAAUGUAUGAAGAUUGUCAAGAAUCUUGUAGAAACCUGGUCCCUGUACAGAGAGUGGUGUACAAUGUGCUCGAAGAACUGGAGAAGACAUUUGACGUAUCAUUCCUGGAAGCAUUAUUCAGUGAGGACAACAAACAGGAAUACCCUGCCUUAAAUAACAUUUAUAAAGGAUUUGAAAAUGCAAUCCGUGAGAGCAUUUGUUUCCAAGAAAAUGAUGGAGAAGAGAGUUUGGAGAACCCUAACACCCAACUAAGUCUUGAACAAGGCACUGGUGAAAACUCAUAUCAAAGCCUGACCUGGAUCUGCUCACAUCCCUUGAAUUACAAUGGUACAUCCCCACCUGAAAAUGGACUGUCAGAGCACCAUCGUGAAAGAGGACAGAUAAAUGUGAAUGAAACAGUUACAACCAGUAACAAUAAUGAUGCACUAGAAAGCCAACAAGCAAAUGAACAAUGUGCCCAAGAGACUGAGUCAGCAGAGUCCUACGAACAAGUACCCACCCAAGGAAAUAAUGGAAAUGCAAGACUAGAGAUGCCCAGCCCAUUGCCCUCUGAUGAAGAAAGAGCAGAACUACCCAACCAUGGAAUCCAAAUAAAUUCCUGUUCUGUACGUCUGGUAGAUAUAAAGAAGGAAAAGCCAUUUUUUAAUUCAAAUGUUGAAAAGGAAACCCAAAUAUCUGACAUAAUAGUGAUCAGCAGUGAUGAAGAUGAGUCCCCCAAAGCCUCUACCUCGGAACAAAGAAGGAGGCCUGAGCCCCUGGAUUUGAGAACAUCACCCACAUGCAGGAAAAGACUUUGGGAAAAUGGGAGAGAUCAUGAAGAGUGUUCUGAGUCCAGUGCAGAUGAGAUGCCCCCGGCAAUCAGGAGUUAUACAAUGAGAAGUGAUCCUGUUGAGGAGGAUUCCCCAGAUAUUGGAAACCAAUCUACUCUGAAGAUGAGCAAUAAGAAAAGACGGAUCAGCAGUGGUGACUCUUCAGAAUUGAGUAAUGGAGAAGAUCCUCAGGAAACUUCUAGUUCAGCCCUCAGAAAUGGGUCAGGAGCAGAGCUCCAAGGACUUGGAAAUCAGAAGUGUUCCUGUGUCGUGUGUUCACCAAGUGUUGUGCCAAGAGGCCAAGAAGCAAGGUCUGAAUGUAGCCAAACAUCUGACAAGAUGGAUACUGUGGAUAUUGGAAGCAGUUCUAUUUUGGAAAAACACAGUGGGAAACGAAGAAAAAAGAGAAGGCACAUAAGUAAAAAAACCAGUCCCAAAAAAGUGAGAAGCAGAGGCAGAGAUAGAAUGCAGUCUCUGAAUAACAGAGUCCCAAGGAAAAGAAGCAAACCAAAAGGGACAAAAGCAGUCAACACCAGGCCUUUGAAAAGAAGCAGAAAAAGAGGUCUAAGAAUUCCCAGAGAUAAACAUAUGAACUUUAAACGCUCUAUACUUCCUGUGACCUGUGGUCCAGCAAAGGGGAUGUUAUAUAAAGAGAAAAUGAAACAAGGAAUCUCAGCAAAGUGUAUAAAGACAAAUGAUGGGAAGGAGCUCACCCUCAAGGAAUUUGAAAUUGAAGGAAACCACAGAAGGUCCAAGAAUUGGAGGCUGAGUGUGCGCUGCGGUGGAUAUCCCCUGAAAUACCUGAUUCAGAAAAAAUAUCUACAAGACCCGCCAAGAACAAGAAAGAUAGUACCAGAUUCUCACAGUGAUAACAUUAUUGACCCAUAUCCAGAAAACUCAAAUAUAUGUGAGAUGUGCCAUAAAGGAGGAACGCUAUUUUGCUGUGAUACUUGUCCAAGAUCCUUUCAUGAGACAUGCCACAUCCGUCAUAUUGAUCCUGGCAGGGUCCCAUGGAGUUGCAUCUUCUGCGAGAUAAAGUUUAUUCAGAAAAUGUGUCCAGAAAGUCAGCCAUGUCAUCAGGAGUCAGAGAUCCUAGAAAGGAAGAUGCUGCAUGAGGAGUACUUGAAAUGUGAGUUCCUCCUCUUGAAGGUCUGUCACUGGUCAAAAAGCUCCUUUUUUAUCCAAAAACCAUAUUAUAGUAAAAAGCGAUCUCAGAGCCUGACGAAGUGCAUGUGGUUAAACAAAAUCAGAGAAACAUUGGCUUCAAAGUUGUACCUCCAAGUGAAGGAGUUUGUGCAGGACAUGCGCCUCAUCUUUCAGAACCACAGGAAAAUUUAUGAGGGCCAGAAAUUCAUCAUGCUGGGAAUUCAAAUAGAGGCCGAAUUUGAGAAAAACUUCAAAGACAUUUUUGGAAUUCAGUAAAUCAGCAAGAACAGUUCUCAGUCUGAGCCCAUUACUUUGUGAUUUUUGUCCAUUUCUGUUUCCCCCUUCAGAGCCUCCAGCAGUACAUGGUCAAGUGCACGUGGUCCCGCUGACCAUUCUGCCUAAUGAUAUGAGAAAACAAUCAUAUCACACUUCUUUUUUCAAACUUAUUUUGUCGUCAUUUCAGCUCAUUUAUUUUUCUAAAUAGAAAAUGUAAAAUUGCUUUGUCCAGAUCUCUUAUUAAAUAAAUUGGAGUGAAAUUUACAAUAAAAAUAUUGAGUCUUUCUAUAAAGAA